AUGAGCAAAACCGAAAAAACUUUUGAUGUUGAGGCGGAUGGUGUCGAUCCCUCACCCAAGGAUAGAUUCAGACUUAUAUAUAUCAUUUUCUUUUUCAUUGGUAUCGGUACCCUUUUGCCAUGGAAUUUCUUCAUUACUGCCAAUCAAUACUUCCAAUACCAACUCCGAAAUCAGAGUCUACCGACAGGUGUUGACGCCCUUCUUCCACAGUACAGAACUGAGCUUCAAAAGGUUUUCUCAACUUACCUUAUCAUUUCAUCAGUGGUUCCCGCAACACUUGGAAAUUUUCUCAAUCUUAUGAUUAAAGAUUGGCUCCCGGUUUAUCCUCGUUUGAUUGGAUCCUCAGCUAUCAUGCUAAUCAUCUUUAUAAUCACCGUUACAUUUACGAAAGUGGCUAUUGACACACACAUCUUCUUUGUUGUAACUCUGGCCACUGUUGCAAUCAAUAAUGUUGCAAGCGCCAUCAAUCAGGGCAGUACCUACGGUAUCCUUUCUGUUCUACCGGGAAGCAAUGUACGAGGUUUUCUUGAGGGUCAAGCGGUCGCUGGUAUCAUAGCCGCUGUCGCCAGUAUAAUCACAAUUGCCGCUGCUAGCAGUCCAACAGGAGUCGGUUUCGCGUACUUCCUUAUUGCUGUAGCUAUCAUCGCUCUUACAAUCUUCCUCUUUAUUGUGCUCUUCAAAAAUCCAUACUUCCAGCACUACUGGAGUAGGCGUAAUGUAGCUAUGCAUGAUGAUGCAUCCCAAGGCAAUAAAAUCAAGAAAACCUUCGUCAACCUCUUUCUUGCAAUGAAUGAUGUGAAAUGGACCGGUAUCACCUCCUUCUUCAUAUUUGCCUGCACACUAGCCAUCUUCCCGAGUGUGUUUAUUCUUCUAGUUCCUGCUAAUUUCGAUGCAGACAGUGCUUGGCACAGU